CUUAACGGCUUCCACUUUAUCUCGGGUCAUCCUGACCAAGUGCUGCACGCCAACCAUCACUGCAGCAUCAUGUCCGCCGAUUUCAUCCAGUGUGCCAUCUUCGUUCCAGGAACAAAUCCCGCUCGUCUUGCUGGGGUGGAAUACAUAAUCAGUGGCAAUGCCUUCGCCAAGCUUCCCCUUGAAGAGCGUCAACUCUGGCAUUCCCAUCAAUAUGAGGUUACGUCCGGACUGUUAGUCGAGCCUGGUAUGCCAGACAACGUGGACAAGGAGGCAAUGAAAAUCUUGGUCAACACAUAUGGAAAGACAUUCCACACCUGGCCGUACAACAGCAAGAACAACUCUCUGCCACUUGGGAUUCCUGAGAUCGUGAACGGGUAUACUUCGAAUGGACAAGUUCCGAAGGAAAUGGUGGAUGCGAGGGACAAGAUGUUCGGACUGAAUCAUACGUUGAUCAGGGGAAAUCGGACGGAUAUUGUCGCACCGGCAGUAAUCAAGGGGGCUGAUUCGUGGAAGGAUGGC